UAUAAGUUCUCACUGAGCAGGGAAAGUGAGACGUUGUACGAUAGUCGGGUAUAUAAACUGUGACGAGGUACCUACUGUGGUUCAGUUAGUGGUCAAGCACCACUCUGUAGCAGCCAAAACUUGCGAGAUGAAAAUCCAGGUUUUAAUUGCCGUUGUGGCGUUGGCUGCGUUGGCGCGUUGCUCCGAAGAGUCGAACAAGGAAGCGGAUUCGGAGCCUAAGAAAAGCGUCGCGCCCGAGGAAAAAGACGCGGACGCAUCGGCGAGUGAUAAGAAAACGGAGAAACGCGGUCUUCACGGUAGUUACGGAAGCUACGGCGAUUUCGGGGGCGGCAGCGACGGCUACGGUCACCACGAGCACGUGAAAACCGUAACGGUGGUGAAGAAAGUUCACGUUCCCUACGAAGUGGCGAAGCAUGUCCCUUACACGGUUGAAAAGCACGUACCGUACGAAGUAAAGGUGAACGUACCUCAACCCUACACGGUUGAAAAGCACGUACCUUACCCCGUGAAGGUUUUCGUAAAAGUACCGGUCCACGUACCGCAACCCUACACGGUCGAGAAGAAAAUACCCUACGAAGUCAAAGUGCCCGUUGACAAGCCUUACGAAGUGAAGGUUUACGUACCGCAACCUUAUACGGUUGAAAAGCACGUCCCGGUAGCGGUUAAAGUUCCAGUACCGCAGCCGUACACCGUUGAAAAGCACGUUCCAUACCCGGUUAAAGUUAAAAUUCCAGUCCCGCACCCUUAUCCGGUUGAAAAGCCCGUGCCCUACGAAGUCAAGGUCCCGGUCGACAGACCCUACACCGUUCACGUACCCAAACCGUAUCCGGUAACCGUUGAAAAACCUUAUCCAGUUCCGGUUGAAAAGCCCGUGCCCUACGAAGUAAAAGUUCCGGUUGACAGGCCGUAUCACGUUCACGUGGAAAAGCCUUAUCCCGUUCACGUUAAAGUUCCCGUACCACAGCCCUACCACGUUGCAAAGCCCGUUCCUUAUCCGGUCGAAAAACCUUACCCGGUACACGUGAAGGUACCAGUUGACAGACCGUAUUAUGUUGAAAAGGAGGUUCCUUAUCCCGUCGAAAAAGAAGUACCGGUACCGGUCAAAGUACCGGUUCACGUACCGGUUCCCAUAAAACACGAAGAGAAAACUAGCGGACUCGAGGGUGGCGAUUAUUCCGGGUACGGGUACGGAGGCGGAUACGGAGACGGCGGCAGUGCCGGAGCCGGAGGUGGAGGCGGAGAUGAAUACGGAAGUUACGAUGCCGGAUCUUCUUACUCGCAUCAUCAGUAAUCUCAUUUUUGGUAACGGAAAGCCUGCGGAAAUUCUAUAUCUCAUGAGGCUUCGAACAUCGAAGUACUAAAAUAGGUUUCGUUACGUAUUCCGCUGUGUAUUUUUUCUCCUUUUCGUCUCCGCAUCUUCGGAGUCUCAUGAUGUAUUUUAUUUCUUGUCGACGUGAUCGUCGAUGAACUGAAACAACGUACCUUAUUACACCUAGUACCUGUACUUGAAUGAGGAAAAUGUGCGGAAUUGAGGGGAAAAGAGGAAAACUGAUUUUGUAUAUCAAAGAUUAUAAAUAAACGUAUUUUUCACUUAA